AUGGAAGGUGAAGAGCGUGCUCACCGUAACGCCCAUUUCCAAGAAGAGUUAGAAUCUCUGAAAGCAAGCGUGGCUCGCCUCACUAGCUUACUCGAGCAAACACUUAGAAAUGCCUCUAGUGAAGGUCCUUCCAACCGGCCUGCUAUUUUUGUUCAGCCUCCAACAACCGCUCAACCCGAAGAAACAAUGAGUGAACAUGGUCAAGAACCUCCAUACAAUCCAACUUUUAUGCACUCAAUGCCACCGACACCAGCCCCUGCGGUCAUAAAUCCAUUUGUCAAUGAGUCCCACAAGACCAAGUCAUCCGAUAACACUGAUCAAAAUAAGAUGGCAGCGCUGGAAGCCCGAAUCAGAGCCAUUGAAGGGGUAGACUUGUACAAUCCAGUACGGGCAGUAGAAAUGUGUUUGGUCCCAAAUGUGGUUGUCCCGAAGAAGUUUCGUGUUCCUGAAUUCAUCAAAUAUACUGGAACACAAUGCCCCAUGACUCAUCUCAAAUCCUACUACUUGGUGGAUGCUUUUGUCAAGCAAUACAAGUAUAAUGUGGACAUCACUCCUGACAUAACCAGUUUGUCCAACUUAGAGAAAAGGGACAAGGAAAGCAUAAGGGAAUAUGCUCAAAGGUGGAGAGACCUAGCUGCUCAAGUACAUCCUCCACUCCUGGAUAAAGAGAUGGUCACUCUAUUUGCCAACACGCUCAAGGACCCAUACUACGAGCAUGUGAUGGGUAGUUCGGCCCAACAAUUUACUGACGUUGUGGCAGUAGCUGAACGCAUAGAGCAAGGAGUAAAGAGUGGAAAGAGUGGUAGAAUCUCUGCACCUGUGGAGAAAAAGGGCUUUGAAGGUAAAAAGAAAGAGGUUGACCAUGUUGAGGGUAGGAAGAAUCCAUUUCAAAAAUACCACACUCUAUCCCCUUCACCCCAAAUUUCCAACAUCAAUCUCAACCCUACAAGAAAACCUGAGCCUCAAACCAAACACCAAAGAGUCCAAGAACAACUACCUCCAUUACCGCUGCCCUUAAAUGAGAUGUACCGAAAGCUACUGAGCAUCGGUUAUAUAGCUCCAGAACCCUUGACACCUCUGCAACCACCUUACCCUAACUGGUACAAGCCUGACCUCACUUGCGAGUAUCAUGCUGGUGCCGCAGGACACAACAUUCAUACUUGCAGUGCCUUCAAGAAGAGGCUCAUGUAUUUGAUUAAAGCUGGAUGGAUAACCUUCGAAGGAACUCCAAACGUGAGUUCGAACCCUUUACCCAAUCAUGCUUCAGGUACUGGAUCUGUAAUGUUUUGUAUUAAAAGAUAG